GGCCGGCGGGGGCAGCCACGCGGGUUUCCCCACCGGGGCCGCCGCCACCCGGGUCGGCCCGGCCCGGCUCUCCGGCGGGAGGCCUCGCGGAGCUGUCCCGGCCCCGGGUGUCGGUGUGGGGGGCGAGCGGGCCAGGCGCCCAGUGGGGGCUCUGCAGGGGCUUUUGUGGGAAAGGAGCUGGCUCAGGACCUGCCGUCACCCCUGGGUGCCCGCCGGGGCGGCCAGGUCCCUUGCAGUGCCCAUCGACGUCCAUCCCUCGGUGCUCGCUGUGAGGAUCCCUUGGUAUCGGCUGCAGGUGCCUCCUGGUGUCCUCGUGGGUGCCUGUGGGCACCCAGCGGCGGCUGUCAGCAUCGGUGUGUGCCCGUUGCAGGUGCCCGUCGGUGUCUUGGUGGCUGUGGUUGCCUGGGAGCAGAGCAGCGUGAUGCGACCCUGUCUCACCGUGUGCUUGGCAUCGGGCCGGCGAGGGCGACCUUCAGUCGCCUCUUGUUGCGUGUCGCUGCACGGAUGAGCGCUUCCUGUUGAAACAGGUCUGGGGGUGGAAGGCAUCAAUGUGUAACGCAGCCCUCUGGAGCGGGGAUGUGGGCUGGCCCCCAAGGGCGUGGGGAGAGGCGAGGCGAGGCGAACCGGGGGUUAUAAGAGCCCAUCCAUCCCCGCAGAGGACCUGGCCAAGGGGUGCAGACUGGUUGAGAGAGCGGAUGACAAGGGGAGCCCUCGCAGGUUGUGAUGCGUAAGGCGGCGUGCUUCGCGCUCUCGUUUUGCAGACUGGUAAAUCAAGUUGACUGGUGGUUUAUAGAAGCGCCGGCUUGCAUCUGUCUGUAUGGAUGCGUGCUAGUGUCUGACAGGCAGUUGUACUUGUGGGGUGGGGGGGGGGUUUCCAUCCCCUCUGGGGCAGUGAGGCUCUGGAAACAGGUAGGACUGGUUCUGCUGAGCUGACAGAUUUGUACAAAGCUGGCUGGUUUAUGUGCUGCCCUGGUUGAUGCUUCUUUAUGUGAACUUAUUUUGCACAAUGGAAAAGCAUUAUGUUGUGGGUAAGUUUUGUUCUGGUAUUUUGUUUUUAAACGCCAUGCUUCUUUCCUCAUCAGGCAGAAAUGGCAGGAACUAUUUAUGUUGAUGACCCUCUUGCAUAACUUACAAAAGGGAAAGUGGAGGAGCAUGAGAAAUCUGUAGGCCUGAAUGCUGAGAACUGAGAGGGAAAUACGUAUAGUCAGUACGAAAGUGCUUAAGUAUUUAAACAUAGGGAGCUAGUGUAGUUAGAACAUCAGUUAAAGUCUUAUGUCAUCGAAGUACAGAUGCAUCUUUUUUAGUGCAUUUAAUACAAUGCUUAUACCCUCAUGUUAGUACGUGUGCAGGUGUUUGGAUAUAAUGUGUAUGUUAGAAAUAACUGUAGUGUAUUGCUGCUGCUCUAAUGCUCUAGGUGAUACGUGAAAGUUAAGUGUAGCACAAACUUCAGGUGAUAAUUGGAAGAACAUUGCUCGAAAAGUAAAUAGAAAUUUACAUGAAAUCUAAUUCAACUUAAAAUGAGGGAUGUUACCAUUCCGGCUGGUACUGUCUUAAUUUGUACCAGUGCCUUAUAAAACUGGAAUAGCUGAGCGUUAAUCACACAGUGAUUCUGCUGACAUUGGCUUUCUUUGCAGCCAUAUGCUGCUCACAGAAAGCAGCAUACUUAACCAGACUCCAGUUGCACAAAUAACAAACUGGAAACAAUUAUAUUGCUACUGUCUUUCUCAAGAUUCCCUUUGCCACAGAUUAAUACAAGUUUCUGUGCUGAGGGCUAAUGUGUCGGUCAUAUUCAUGUUCUUUAGACCAAUUCUUUUCUUGUGCUCCUAUGUCAUCUUUAAGCCAAAAUUUAAGAUUCAUAGAAAAAGAGCUCAAUAUUAUGAUAAAGCUGCAUAAAGAAAAAAUAAAAGAUAAAAUAGUUGCAGCCAGACACCUCUCUCUCUCCGCAUUAAAACUGUUGUUGUUCAGUUCAUUCUCUAGGAUUUUUUCUUGUUGUUGGUAAAGGCUUUCAUCAAGCAGCUCUCUUCCUGAUUCUUAUUCGCAGUGGGUACAACUCACUGAAAAGCUUUUUCUGACCAAACUUCAAGUUACUGUUUAAUUCUUUAUGCUUCAUUUCUCCAUUUCAGUAUUUUUGAUGUAACUAGGUUUCCUGGGGCCUGAAACAACAUCCUUAGGUUUUGUGAAUAGUAAGGUUCGUGAAAUUGUUCGCACCUGAAUCUUAAGCCCAUGGUUGUUCGUCUCUUUCCAGGAUUACACAUGGGUUCCAAGAUUACACAUGGGUUCCAAGAGAAAAUAAAACUAUUAAGUGCUCUCUUCUGUGUGAGCUUCUGCUUCUUUAUUUUUGAUGAUUGUGUGUAUCUGUACAGUCUGUGUCCUUCUUCCGCACAGAAAUAGUAGAAGGCACUUUGGAUCCCUCCCAAGUCGAUGCACAGACUUGAUGCCCAUGCAGGCAGUGUUAGGAGCUGUGAAGAUUUAGUUCCUACUGUCAGCUCUUGUCUGUGCUACUAAGUUUUUAUAUUACAACUUGCCAUUUUCAGAGAAGCAUUAAAUAAUGUACCAAUAAAAGGUUUAUGAUAUCCAUGGUCCCAGCAGCAGCUUGGUUGACUGGGACAUCUUUAAGCAUGUAUUGUAGCAGAGGACUCCGGGGAACAGGCUCUCAGCUUGCGUACUCUCUUCAGGAGGACUUCAUGCCUUCAUGGAAGUUAGAAAAUACUCUUUAUUCUAGGUAGUAGGCACACAGCGGUGUGAGGUGAAGGAGCAACCUGCAAGAAAGGGAAGGAACAGCCAGGUCGUGUUGGCUUUUAUAAACAAACUCUGGGACUUCGUAGAUCUGUUUUCCCUUUGAGGAUGAUUUCUGAGGGGGAAAAAUGGCAGUGAUUUUCACUUUUUGUGUGACAAUUACAGACUGUAAAUGGCUUGAAGUGUUUAGAAAAUAGAGAUGUUUUUGUUACCUAAAAUCCUGUUAUUUAGCUAAAAAGAUGCAAAAGAGAUCUGUGGUGCAAAAUAGGAGGCGUCAGGAUGAAGAAGGUCAGCUCUUUUGCUGCCAUAGCUUGAGAGCAGUUGGUUAGCCAAUAAAACUGUGCAGACUUGCAGCAGAUGAGGAACUGAUCCAGAGGGUUUUUUUUAGUCUUUAUUAGAAAAGGCUACAUGACCUAAGACUAUGAAAACUUCUUUCCUCUCUUGCGCUGCCCUCCCUUCCUCCCCAUCAAAUGUUUAAGAAUAGCAGAGCUGAACUCAGAGUUGUUUCUGUGCCAAAUUUUAGGGCAUCAAUAUAGUGGAAAUCAAUAUAACCGCUAAAUUGUGUUUGUUUUCUAAAGAUUGCUUUUAAAACAAAUAUGAGUUGGGAUUAUUCACUGUCUAUUUCUAUUACCAUAGUGGUUUUCAGAAAAACUUCCUUGCUUUGUCUCAGUGGAAGUGUCUUUUCUUGAAGCUGUUAACUUAUUUCCACCACUUGUCAGGGACAAAACAAGCCAAGUGAUACUUAUUUAAUGCACAGACAGAUGCAUAUGUAAGCUCUUUUGGUAACUGCAUACAUAUAGUUUAAAUAUUUUGUGUAGAAAUGCACGGAUCCCCUUUUGUAUAAAGGUUAUUGUUGUAGCAGCGUACCUAUCAGCAGCUUUUUAAUCCUUUGAUACCUUACAGUAUGAUAUGAUUUGUCUAUCCCAGCUGUCCCCCUUGCAUCUGAUGUAAUCAAGGGACACUUACUAGGCAUUUGAGGAAAUAAAUCAGAGCUUACAUUUAUAACUGAAACAUAUACCUUUGUAACAUUUGUAACUGGAAACACUGUGUCUUGAAGGACUGUCAGUAUGUUAAAACUGUAAAUCACUCCUAAAGGACCUAGAACAUGAAAGUUUAUUUUGUAUUAGCAGACAAUGUUUCUGUUAUUUUGGAGCUCAAGGCUGCCGUCAGCUGUUAAUUAAUUGAGGGGAGAUCAGUGUUUCUCCGCUGAGAUAACUUGAUUACUUCUGAAAUUCCUCUGAAAAGAUAUUAAAAAGAAGAAAUAUAAUGUGAAGACACCAGUAUUUCAGAGUUGCAUUCACUGUUGCAGCGAUACCUUGGCUGACAACUUGCUUUGCCGGUCUUUUUCUGCAGGUAGAGUCAUCACGUGAAGGUACAUUUGUAGGAAGCUGAAGGACAUUUUUAUCAUCAUCUUUCUUGUGUUACGGAUCACCACUGGCGGUGGGAGUCUUGUAUGUAGAAUGGCUGGAUGCUUUUGGAGAAGGGAAAGGCAAGACUGCAUGGGUUGGAUCACUAGCAAAUGGAAUCGGAUUGCUUGCCAGUCCUGUCUGCAGUAUAUGUGUAUCAUCUUUUGGAGCAAGACCAGUAGCAAUUUUCAGUGGCUUUAUGGUGGCCGGAGGCCUCAUGAUGAGCAGUUUUGCACCUAACAUAUACUUUCUAUAUAUUUCAUAUGGGAUUGUUGUUGGGCUUGGAUGUGGCCUUUUGUAUACUGCAACAGUUACCAUCACUUGCCACUAUUUCGACAAACGCAGAGGCCUUGCGCUUGGUCUGAUUUCAACAGGCUCAAGCGUUGGACUCUUUAUAUAUGCAGCAUUGCAAAGAGAGCUUAUUGAUCUAUAUGGACUGGAUGGUUGUCUGCUAAUAGUUGGCGCACUCUCUCUAAAUAUAUUAGCUUGUGGCAGCCUGAUGAGGCCAUUGGAGUCACCUGAUUCCCCUCCACCAGAAAAAACAUGUGUAGACAAAGUCCCGGAUCAAUAUUUUGUUUACCAUGAAAAAGAAAAGACUGUUGAAGAAAAUAUAAGCAUCCUUGAAAAGGGCUACGUUGAUGAAAAAUGUGUGAACAAUAUUCCUGAUUACAAACAGGAUAGCAUUUUAAAUAAGAAUGUAUUAAGCCCAAUAAACGUAAAUGAGAAAGACAGUUAUAAAAAAAAAGUUGUAGAACAGACAAACUUCUGCAAGCAACUUGCCAAAAGGAAGUGGCAGCUCUAUUUGAACUACUGGGAGGAAACCAUGGUUCUUUUUAAGAACAAAGUAUUUUCAGCUCUCUUUGUUGCCAUCUUGCUCUUUGAUAUCGGUGGAUUUCCUCCUUCUCUGCUCAUGGAAGAUGUAGCAAGAAGUGCAAACAUUAAUGAAGACGACUAUCAUAUGCCCCUUAUUUCCAUUAUAGGCAUUAUGACCGCUGUUGGCAAACUUACUUUAGGCAUACUGGCAGAUUUUAAGUGGGUUAACACUUUAUAUCUAUACGUAAUUACCUUACUAAUGACAGGAGUGGCCUUGUUUGCAAUUCCAUUUGCCAAAAGUUACCUUACGUUAGCGAUGCUUUCUGGGAUUUUGGGUUUUCUCACCGGGAACUGGUCGAUAUUUCCGUAUGUAACAACAAAGACUGUGGGAAUUGAGAAACUGACUCACGCAUAUGGGAUAUUGAUGUUCUUUGCUGGACUUGGAAAUAGCCUCGGACCACCAAUUGUAGGUUGGUUUUAUGACUGGACGCAGGAGUACGACACUGCAUUCUAUUUCAGUGGCUUUUGUGUCCUACUGGGAGGAUUUCUUCUGCUGUUGGCAGCGUUACCCUGCUGGAAUGCCUGUGCCAAUCAGAGCUCAAAGCUGCCUCCAAAUACUUACUCCUACAAAGUUGCAUCUAGCGCUUAGGUGACAACUGGAAAACACUUUGCGCAUUUUUUUAUUAUAUAGAAAAGUAUUUUAGUAAUUUUCCACUUAUUUAUGAAGCCCCAAAAUCCUCUUCCACUACAAAAAUUCCAUUGUUCCUUGUUGUUCAGUUCCUUUUUCUUCUUUUAUUUCUUUUUUAUUUUUAAGAACAGUCUUAUUUUGUCUACUAUGCACUGUGUUUUCAGCCUUUGUCUACUGUAAUUUCCUUUUACCCUGUAAGGGGUAUAUUCUGCUGUAUUAUCAGCUGUAUUUUUUUUUUUUUGAGGGGGAUGUUGCGGAGGGGUGAAAACUUUGAAGCAAAAAUGAAGGCCUGUUCCUUAUCGGAGAAGGCUUGCAUUUCUGUCACCUUUUAUAGGUCUCCAAGUUGCACAAUCAGACUUUACAAAACAAAAAUUUGCCUUAUUAUAAUGUAAUACUGUGGCAAGGUGCUUAUAACAUUAUGCUUAGAUUAACUCUUUGUCUUUUUAAAGUUUCUCCAAUUUACAAUGAAGUGCCAAUUGUGGGAGGGAGAAGAGGGGGAACAAAACCAACCUUGUGUUGCAUAACUGAAGUGAACUUUAUGAUGAAAGUAGAUUCUUACUACCACUGAGACUAAGAACUAUGUUUAUAAAUAUUGCACAUUUUGUGAAGUCUGUUUAUAAAACUGUUGAACCAAAACCUUUUAAACCAAGGAAUAAAUAUGAUUGUUGAAAC